AUGAUAUUUAUGAGGGAUGUUGAUCCUUCCAGUGAAUUUUAUGAGUUAAUGGAGAAAGAUGAGAUAAUAAUAUUUGAAGAUCAUUCACGUACAUUAAGUAAAAUGUGUAGAUACAUGUCUGAAGAAACUUGUAAGAUUUGUGUAAAGAAUUUUCCACUUUUAAAGCGACGAUUAAUGUUUGAUUUUAAUAUUAAUACCCUACCUGUUGCAUUUUAUUAUAGUCAUAUGAUUUUAUCAACAGACAAUAUAAAGAAAUGUAUAAAUGAAGUUAAUCAAAUAAAAUAUGAUCUUUUAGAACAGAAGGUUUUAAGGCUUAUAAAUCGCAAUAUAAUUCAGUUAUUUAUUGAAGGGGUAGAUUCAGAGCGAAGCAAGGUAUUAUUUAAAUUGUUUAGUAAUUUGGACAUAAAAGGGAAAAGUUUUGGUUAUUACGACACACUUUUAAACAAAAGAAUACGUAAUUACAUAUGUGAUACCUUUAAAUGUAAGAAAUUACCGAUUAUUUUUAUUGAUGGGGAUUUUAUAGGGACUUUAGAAGUAUUUCAAGAACUUGUUGUACAAAAAAAGAUAGAUCAAAUACUUAAUCAUCUUUAA